UGACUUUUUUUCUUCUGUUUUUGGAUCAUGUCCUUUUAGCUCAUAGGCAGAUGGUCAGUAUACCCUUUGCUGUAAUGAGGUGAUCACAUAUGGCAGCGUGACUGUGUGUUUUUGUCCCUCAUAAGAGCUCUCCUACGCCUCUUGCCCUUCCCUCUCCACCCCCCCAACGUUGCCCAUUGAUGUCAUUGGCCGCUACAAUCGAGACUACUUCUGACUGGAACGCUGUGACCGCUGCACAAUGAGAGGCGGAUAGGGGAUGGGUUGAACAGCCACGGGGAUAAAGGAGGCGAUCAAUCACCGAACCGUUCAAGUGGGGCAACAAUGUUGGCUCUAGGAGGAUCACAGAAAGCAGGGUAAAGAAGGGAAAAGGAGAGAAAAAGGGAGCGAGUUGUAGCCAGCUAAAUCUGUACCGGGAUAUCUUUUGAUCUUUCUGAUUUGUGGGAGAAAUAAAGAAAAGAAGACAAAUGGAGCUCGAAAAAAUAAGCUGGAUCUCAUUGCUGUAACUCACUCUUGUGAGUGAGAGGUGUUAAACUGAAUGGAGCGAUGCCAAAAGUACAGAAAUAGAAGGUCGGAGAGAUAUGAGGGAGAAAGAGAGAGAGAGUGAAGCAGAGAGGGAAGGACAGAGAUGAAGAGCAGAGGUGAGGGUGGGCGAUGUAGAGCGAUCAAGCGACGCAACUAUUGAGUGUGGAAGCUUUUAGUGCGCCAUCGUAUGGAAGGACGGAAAUAGAACCUGACCCUGGCCGCAGCAGCGCCAUGGACCACCACCAAGGGAUUUCCUCACCUUCCGGAAGGACAAGAAACAUCACAGAAAGAAAUUGGAGAUAAGGAAAAAAAACACAAAAAUGAUGGAUUCAGGUGCCAGAGGAGUUCUCCUUUAAACUCUGUUACCACACAGACUCGUUGAUGUGGUUAUAAGGAACUCAUUGUCUUGCCAUUUUCAAGAAUAUGCUGACUGGGCCCUUUUCCGAGAAGCACAAUGAAGGUGGGAGUUGUUGGAAGAACGCACUGGAGCUAGCAACACAACUCCGUGAAUGACACCCAGAUUAGUGGAGUCGUCUUCUACAGUAAUCCGGACGACAGAGCGUCCGACUUAAGUGCCCGGCUUUACUCUGGGACAGCAUAAGAACCGCAGCUGCAGCGAUCUGAGCACCUCAAAGACACCUCAGCCCAAGGAUGGGAGAGACGGCAGAGUACCAGAGGCUUCAGGAGAGCACGGAGCCUUGUUAUCAAAGCCUGCCAGGUGAUGAUGAAGAGAAACUGGGCAGUAGCAUGCAGUGUGAGGAGGGAACAGAAUGGCUGAUGGAGCUGCUGAUGGAAGUGCAGUUGCAGCAGUACUUCCUGAAGAUCAGAGACGACCUCAACGUGACCCGCCUGUCCCACUUUGAUUACGUCAAGAAUGAAGACUUGGAGAAGAUCGGCAUGGGUCGACCUGGACGGAGACGGCUGUGGGAAGCAGUGAAAGGAAGAAAAGCCAUGUGCAAACGCAAGUCCUGGAUGAGCAAGGUGUUCAGUGCUAAGCGUCUAGAUGGAGGAGAUUUCCCUCAGCAGGGACAGCUAGCCUCCUCUUUUCGAAAACUUUCCCCAACACCGCCCCUCUCCCUGGGAGAUGCAGUCUUGUCCCCUCAGACGGGUAGUGAAGGACAGCAGCAGGCUCUGACUUGCCUCAUCCUGGAAAAGGACUUGACGCUCUUUGAGAAGCUGGGGGACGGAUCGUUUGGAGUUGUCAAGAGAGGAGAGUGGUUGACACCAGCAGGGAGAGUGGUAAAUGUAGCCGUCAAGUGUCUGAAGACUGAUGUCCUCAGCCAACCUGAUGCUCUGGAAGACUUCAUCUGUGAGGUCAACGCUAUGCACUCCCUGGACCACCAGAACCUCAUUCGUCUCUACGGUGUGGUGCUCACACACCCGAUGAAGAUGGUGACAGAGUUGGCUCCCCUGGGAUCGCUGCUGUGUCGGCUCCGACGUGUUCACCCUCAGGGUCCAGUGUUGAUCCAUACCCUUUGCCAGUAUGCCGUACAGGUGGCCUGCGGUAUGGCCUACCUGGAGCAGAGGAGGUUCAUUCACCGAGACUUAGCUGCCAGGAAUAUUCUUUUGGCAUCAGCUCAGACAGUGAAGAUUGGUGACUUUGGCCUGAUGAGGGCGCUGCCCAACAAUCAUGAGCACUACGUUAUGCAGGAGCACCGCAAGGUCCCUUUUGCAUGGUGUGCUCCAGAGAGUCUGAAGACCAGAACCUUCUCCCAUGCUACAGAUACAUGGAUGUUUGGAGUCACACUCUGGGAGAUGUUCACACAAGGUCAGGAACCUUGGGUGGGUCUUAAUGGAAGCCAGAUUCUACACAAGCUAGAUAAGGAGGGCGAACGACUCCCGAAGCCUGAGGACUGUCCACAGGACGUCUAUAAUGUCAUGUCACAGUGUUGGGCUCAGAAACCAGAAGAUAGACCUACGUUUGUCGCCCUCAGAGAGUUCUUACUCGAGACAAUGGCCACAGACAUGUGUGCCCUGCAGGACUUUUCUGAAGCUGACAAAUUGCUGAUCCAAGUCAAUGACGUCAUUACCAUCAUCGAGGGCAGGGCAGAGAACUACUGGUGGCGAGGACAAAACAAGCGCACGACUAAAGUCGGACAGUUCCCCCGUAAUGUGGUGACGUCAGUAGCCGGUUUGUCAGCUCAUGACAUCAGCCGACCACUGAAGAACAGCUUUAUUCACACGGGACACGGAGAAACCAACCCUCACCGCUGCUGGGGGUUUCCUGACAGAAUUGAUGACCUGUACCUCGGCAAUCCCAUGAAUCCUCCAGAUGUCCUGGGUUUGGACGUAACUUCUGCUCAACAACCACAACCGCCAGGAGGUACAAAAAAACCUUGCUACGAUCCUGUAAAUGAAGAUGAUAAUCACACGUCUGCGGGACUGAAGAGAUUAUCACUGCGGAAAACUGGUUCAAUGAGGGCUUUAAAAAUCAAACCAUCUGUCAGGGUCUCUGGUUCCAAACAAGGAUCAACUUCCAGCUCAGGCCACAACCAAAACAGUGAACCAUCGCUCAUUGACUUCGGGGAGGAGUUUCUCCCCUCCACCUCCUGUUCUUCGCCAGUUGUUGAAAUUCAGAUCCCCUUUCUGGCGAAGUUGGCCCUGGAAGCGGAAAACAUCUUGGACCGGACCCCUCCUCAGAGCCCAUCGAAGUCGUUACCACGCCCUCUUCACCCCACACCAAUAGUGGACUGGGAUGCACGACCUUUACCUCCACCCCCGGCCUAUGACGACGUAGCACAAGAUGAAGAUGACAUGGAGGUGAGCUCCAUCAACAGAGCGGAGCAGAGGCUGGAGAAGGAGCACAGAGAUGUUUUCAACCAAGACGAAACCGGCCUGUACUCUGGUCCGAAGAUGCAGAUUGAAGCUCACGUAUCCAGAGAUCCAGGUCUGGAGGACAACCUGUUUCGCCCUAAUAAGCGCAGCGGUGGUUUGUCCGCUUCCUUCUCUCAGUCCGUGGAAAUCUUCCAGGAGCUCCAGCAGGAGUGCAUGAGGAGACUGAACGUACCAAAAGGACUCACCGCUCGCUCUUGCACCCCGCCGCAAACCUUGACUUUAUGUCCCCUGACGUCUCAGACUCUUCAGACCCCUGAGGAAGACAGGGAAAGUGUCCCGUCCUCCGGUGAAAACAAACCCCAAAUCCCACCACGGAUCCCCAUCCCACCUCGUCCAGUUAAAAGAGGAGACUACACAUCUGUCCGCUGGUCCGGGGAUCUCUCCUUGUCCCCCACGCCGGCGAACGCCACGGAAAACAUUUCAGCUCCAGAUCAAAACCUACCGCCUCAGAUCCCUCCAAGGGACCCUCUGUCCCAGUCAGGCUCCAGGACACCAAGUCCCAUGGGCCUUAUUGUGGGCUCCCCUCAGCAGAGACCCUAUCCCGUCAACCACACUGCUGUGCAUAGUCCCACGCACACCUACGGCACCUACCUCUCCACCUCUCCGAGCAAACUCAUGGCCACCACUCACAGCUUCACCUCUGACCCCAAAUAUGCUGCACCCAAAGUGAUCCAGUCUCAGGGGAGAGACCCGGCUGCUAAAGGCCCCUGUAUACUCCCCAUCGUACGUGACGGACGCAAAGUCAGCAACACGCACUACUACCUUCUGCCAGAGAGGCCGCCGUACCUCGAUCGCUACAACCGCUUCCUCAGGAAGGCGGAGAGCCUUUCAUUGCCGUCGGUGGAGGACAGACAGGAACAGCAACAGGCGGCCAACACUGCCACAGUCAGACCCAUGGUGAUCAGCAGCAGCAGCAGCAGCAGUAGCAGCAGCAGCAGACCUACAUCGCAGGGACACAUCCAGGUUCCAGGCCUUUUCUACCCAGGUGAGCUGAGGGCUAAUUCAUCCUCCGGCAAUAACAGUUUAGAUGGUGCACGAGCAGACAUAAAAACAUCACUUAGUUUCCUCUGUGUCUGUUCAGAUGGUUUGACAACGGCGGUGGUUGGCGCCCCCUGUACCAAGACAGAUGGAGGAGAAAACUCGGCUGAAAAAAUCAAAAUGGUGCAGGAGGCAGUUCAUGGUGUAACCAUAGAGGAGUGUCAAGCUGCCCUCUGGAAGCAUAAGUGGAAUGUCCAGAGAGCUGUCCAGUUCCUAAAGGUGGAGCAGUUGUUCUGUUUGGGUCUGAGGAGCAGGGCAGAAUGUCUGCAGCUUCUGGCGACAUGUGACUGGAACCUGGAGUUGGCCAGUACUCAGAUGUUAGACAACUAUGGAUCCUCAAGGCAGAGACGGUGACAGAAACCGCAAGCUGCCCGUUGGACGCGAUGCUGCUUCUAUGCCUUUUGGGUGGUGCCUUCAGACAGUCACUGAAGCUUCCACUGGACUUGCACAACAUGAAUCACCCAUUGUGAUUCAUAUAUAUAUUUCUGAAUAUUACAUAAGUACAUCUGACUAAAUUAACUUUAAUUGACUAAAGUAAGAAGAUCUUUCUAUCUUUCGUUUUGGUUUUCUUACACUUGUAGAAAUCAGUUUUUUGUCCACUUACUGUGUACUUCCUGGAGGCCAUGACUCAGUCGGUGUUCAGUCCUAUUUCGGAGCUGGAGAGAAAUCAAAGAAAAAAAAAAAGUCAGUUCUAAGCUUUCAAGUGUCUGUUUCCAAUAAUAAAAACAAUGAGUUCAAAAAGCCAGUUAUCAUCACCAUUUUUCACCUCACCAAUACAAAAUGCAUUUUAGCCUUUAUGCAUGACUUUUAAAUGUCAUUUAACUUAGUUCACACGAACGCUCCAUCUAUCUGCUUCUGAGCUAGACUGUUCAACUGUUCUAAUGUUGUCCCAGAGUGGGUUUGUCCACGUGUCCUCUGACUAUAUGAAGCUGCUGUAGUUUUGUUGGAAGGACUGAAGCCAACAAUGUUAAAAUUGAUGAAAGCCACAUUUUUGCUGUUGAAACUGAAGCUAUAGCUAAAGCUAAGAACCUCUCUUUUCAUGUCAUUAUUGCUGUUUCUCCUACAAACCAAACGGAUCAUUACUUUUAUAUUUGUUGUCCGUGAUGUUUGUUUGUUUUUUUCUCCUCUUGGAUCAAUAAAAAUGUGGAGAGGUCAAAAAUGCUGCCGAAUUUAUAAAUGUAUUUUAUAUUAAAAAGUGAAUUAUUUUUUA